AUGACCGAUGGAGAUUCGUGCACGCCACCUCCUGAACGAAAUCGGGAGAAAGUGAUCGAGCAGUUUAACAGAAGAAGCUAUGCUGUUCCAAAAGAAUUCGAAAUCGGCGAAGCAGUGUAUGCUCAGGUAUGGAAAACGCCACAAUUCAUCUGGAAGGAAGGCAUCAUCACCAGACGGAUCGGCAAAGUCAGCUAUGAAGUUGAUCUGAGUGGAAGAAUAAUAAGGAAACACGCAAAUCAGUUACGUUGUCGUAACACAAAAUCACCUCCAAAAUAUGGAGACAACUCCUUGCUGACACUGCUUGAGACGCUCGAAUUGGACGACGUGUGGAAGCGACAGAGGAGACCACACAUGCUACAGAUGCUGCUGCUCUAA